AUGUACAUGAAGAUUAUUAUUAAUUUUGGAUAUCAAUUUGAAAUUAGAAACUUGACCAACAAUGAGUGGCGGCCGUACAUUUGCGAUAAACCCGGUUGUGGCCGGGGAUAUAAAUACAAAAGUGGAUUAUUCAGACAUGUUAAGUACGAAUGUGGCAAGGAACCUCAAUUUCCCUGUGUCGUGUGUCACAAAAGAUUCACUCAACAACAAUCACUUAAGUCGCACAUGAUUUACAUUCACGGAUUUCCUGUCUAUAAUAAACAAAAAAAUUCUGAGAGCAAUUCGUCUUACUGUUUGUUGUGUGUAGACUCGAGAAAUGGCCGUUUUUAUUGUAUUAAUAUGUGUGGUCGAAGCUACAAGCAAAAAACACAUAUGACUAGACAUGUCAAUUAUGAGUGUGGACAACAAAAAAAGUUCAAGUGUAAAUACUGUUCCAAAAAGUUCUAUCAUAAAGAUGCUCUUCAAAAACAUGAAUAUUCAUUACACUCAGAACAAUUUUUGCAUUUAGUGACUUAUGAUAAAUGUACGUGUCUAUAUAUAUUGAAAAGUUUUUCAGCUGAAGAAAAAAGUUGAUUAUUAAUAACUUUAUAUGUAAAAAAAUACUACUACAUUUAUUAAAUAUGUGAUAUAAUAAAAUUUGACAAAAAUGAUAAUUCAUUAAAAAGUUGGAUAAGAUAUUUGGAUCUUAAAGUGAAACAUAAAUCGUAAUAUACAAAAUAUUUAUAAUGUUUGCUUUAGCCGAAGGUUUGCAUAAAAUAAAAUCAAGCUAGUAUUACUAGUUAUAAUAAGAAUUUUUUUUAAUUAUGCAAACUACAAUGGAUCUUGCAAAGGAUGACCCGAUUCGUAAUACCGCGAAGCAAUGUCACCAUUUCGAUUAACAAUGAAAUGUAUGAAAACGUAGUAUUUCUAACACCUGAUGUUUGGGAUAAUGAUUAAAUUACUUACUCGAUGACCACGCUUUCUUUACAUUUGGUCAGUUAUUUGAUAUACCUUGUCUAAGGGCUCACCAACCUAUAAGUGUGUAAUGAAUUGUAAAUAGAAUGACUGAUGAUGGAAGAGGUCGUCUGCGCAAAACCAGUGAUCUAUGUGAUUAUAUGAUGCAAUUUUUACAUCUGAAAGAUUUGUUUGUCCCAACAAGUGUGGUCGAAGUUUUAGUAAAAAGGUAAACCUGAAAUAUCAUUUCAAAAACGAAUGUGGAAUUAAGUUUGUC